CGCACCGGUCAGUUGAUCGUCACGCUGUUCGUUAAGGGUCCCAGAAAUAGCUGGCUGGUGUCUGGCUGGCUGUCUGGCUGUCUGUCCUUUUUUUUGCCUGCCUGCCUGCCCCGCCCGAUGCUAUCUCCCGAAAAUCAAUAUCCAACGAGUCCAGACGCCAGCGCAAUCCUUUCGCCCUGCCGCUGCGCUUCCUCCGCAAUAAUGCCGUGUCGUGUCGUGGUAGUCUGCCUCGCCGCCAAUGUUGUACCGCGCGUCUGUUUCGUGCGCCUUGCUUGUUUGCCGCCCACUCAGCAUGGCCGUUCCAAUGGUUCUGCUUGCCGUGCCUCCCCGUACCUCCCUGCCUCCCCGUGCCGUCAUGGCUGCGUGAAGAACCCUCGUGACUUUUCCCACUUCACCUCGCCGCGCCAACGUCCCCUUGCAUUAGUGGCCCAACAAGUCGCCGUCGCGCCAUCUGCAAGAGCAACUCGAGGCUCCCACGAGAGCUUGUUUCCAGGCCGCGGGAAGCGUAUCGCCGGCACCCGCAGGACAAAGCCCGCCACGCGCCUGCUCCCGAUGGGUGUGUGGCUGUCAGCAGCACCGGCACCGGCACCACCAGCACCACCAGCAAUCUCCUCCUUGUGCUCAGCUACAUUCCUCCACCCAGGCAUGCUGAGGGCAGGAGCAUACACCGCCGCCUCCCGAGCCUUGGACCUCGAAAUGUCUUACUCUGACAGAUACAGGCUGGCUGAAGCUGAACACGCUCACUUCACCGGCCAUGCGCUCCUUCCCCGCAGAUCGCUGGCGAAAUGCGUGCCAAAUGCGUAAGCUUGUGGCUCCCGAUAACGAGCGCCCAUACUACGUAGAGACGCUCUCAUUCGCGCCAUGUACCUAUGA